AUGUAUCCCAGUCUCCCCAGUCUUCGUCUGAAGGUGGGCGUCGAGAUCUUUAGCACAGACCAAGUGAUUGGCUAAUGCUGAUGGAACUGCGAAGUUUAGAUAAAGUGCUCCGUUUGAAGUUCGUUAGCUAGUCAGACGUUUGGGAUGUUUUCCUUUCGGCAAGUGAAGAACGCAUGAACUACACCUCUCCCCCCUACCUUAGCUGCACCAAUGUCACGAACAGCUUUGUCAGCCCCAAAACAUUGAGUGAAAACGAAUGGAGACAGGCAUGGAGGUCGCAAGUAUCGUUAAACUUGUCAGUUCUUUAAUUUAAGCCUGGGCAUUGUAAAACGCUCUGUUUCUAAAACAGUCACAAUGGCCUUAUAGAGCAGAAAAACGACUGUCCAAGUAAUGUGUAGCUCUUUGCACAGUAGAAUAAAUAUGCCGGGAAAAGUUGCAUUUAGCAAAGACCGCGGACACUUAUUAGACGGACCAGUGGGCAGGUGACAGUCCGACUGUCGCCAACGCCGAUGCCCACCCUGUACCGGUGACGCGGCUGCGAAGUAAUGUAUGGUGAGGCAGACUUGCGGGGCACUCUCCUCACUCAUCCAUUUUGCUCCGAUGGCGGGGCGAAAUCAGGGUGAUCGGCGGUGGCCGCGGCUGACAAGCGAAACUGCCGGUCUACACGUACCACACACGCAAUGCGGUUGACGCCGACGCCCACCGUGUGCCGGUGACUUGACUGCUAGCUAAUGUAUGGUGCGGCGGACUUGCGGGGCGUCUAUCGCGCUCGCUCCCUAUUCGCCCACUUUGUUCCGAUGACAGGACGAUGUCCGGUUGACCGGUGGUGAUCGCGGCUGACAGGCGAAACUGUCGGUCUACACGUACCACACACGACUUGUUACCCAUAAGGCAACUGGGGGUGUCGUAAAGUUUAGCAAUGAGUCCAUUUUCUCCGACGGCUUUGCUGACGAAUUAGUUGAAGAUUCUUGAAAUUUCCCAGUUUGAUUGAUGGUACGAGACCUGCAAUUGAAGUCGCAGAAGUAUAGAUGUCAGAAUUACGUAGCGCAGCAGCCACCAUUUCUUUUUCAAGUUUUGCUGAUUCUGGCAUGAUUUCACAGAGAAGUGUAAAUUCAACCAAUCUAGUCAGGAUAUUUCUUGAUCCUGCUGAAGCCAUUUCCGUCUGACUGUCAAAACGUUGUUAAGGAGGUGGGCGCCGAAGCCUCACGAGGGACCGCUGAGCCAAUACCACCUGUGUGAUUGUGGUUGCUGGUAGACUUCCGUCUCUUUUCAGUUUAGUAUUCGCAGAUUCCUUUUUUCAUUGAACAUAUAUAAAAUAUUCACUAGUUAUUUUCGCUUAUUUCCAUCUAUUUUCACAGUUUCCUGUACUUGUGAAUGCACCACCGUUACUCUUGUAUAGUGUAUACAUUAUAAGAGACCGGUAAGGCCCGAACACACAAUGAAAGGAAAUGUGUGUGCCUGAAUAUAGGGCUAAGAAUAACAGUUGUGUGUCCGCGCCUAGCUGUUGGCCAUUUAUUUAAAGUAAUGUAAAAGUGUCUUGGGAUAAUAGUCUAAUGUAGGUUUGGUGUUGAACAUAUGAAGUAGUCAAUCUUAAGCGUUUUAAUAAAGGCAUCAAGUAUGAUGGUAGAGGGCGCUCACCGAUCGUUCUUACGGAACUCGCUCGUUCCGUUGUGCGUUACGGGCUCUCUCCCUCGAGCUCAACCAGCAUCCACACAGCGGCGCAUGAUAUAGGCACUAUGUUAUUACCGGGCUAACCACUGGGCUCGUGAUCCAGUGGUUAGAGGCGUGAACUUCUGACAAACUGGUCGUGAGUUCGAGCCUCGGGUGUUGCAUACUUCGCGGUUGAGUAUGACUGACUGACGACGGCUAAUAAGCCAGAAAUGGCCAUUCCAGUCUCCCUUGUCUUUUUCGGUACUAACAUACUGUCGGCAUCAAGUAUUUGAUGAUUCCAGCUAUUCGUGCGUGGCUACGGCCCCUGACCACCGCAACGACCGGGGGUCGACUGCACUCCCUUCGAAUAAUUGGCGUUUUGCCUGCGGACUUUCAUUUUCCACUUCAUAUGCUUUUGAAUUCUUAUAUGGACAAUUUUCAUCCGAUCGUACAACUAGAUAUUCUUCCUCUUCCCCGUCCCCCCCUCCUCCCUCAUCUUCCCCCCUUCAUCCCACCUCUCCGCCCUCCCUAUCCUCCUCUUUUCCUCUCAUCCUCCUCCUCUGUCCCUCCGUCUUCCCCUCCUCCCCCUCCCGCCCCCCUCUCCGCGAUAAUUUGUUCAGGUGGAACUGGAAGUCGAGAGGCAGUUGUUGGCCUUCGAAGGACUUUUUGGCGUGCCGCCCUUUCGCGCAGAUGGACAUCAGCACGUGCACGUAUUGCCAGGUUAGUCUUUGCCGAUCAUGGUCGCCCACUCUUUUCACGGCCUUGGCCAGCAUGCAUAGGUGACAUUCAAACUGCCCUUAAAGGUGACAGUUAGGUCGAGGUCUCCCCACAAUCACCACCGUGCAUACAGUGCGUGACCUAUCUCAUGAAAUGUUGGCUGAAAUUCUGAAAUACGUCUGCCGACUCUCUGGGCCUGUCAACCAGCUUGUGGAGUUUGACGCUGUGACUGUGGCAGCAUGGAGCCCUUCUUCCGCAUACGCGCCUGCACCAACGUGGCUAUGGGUUUGUGGGAACCCAGCGCAGUCGGAUAAACUCGUGCUGCGAGUCGGUCGGGCCCCCCCCCCCGCUUUCUUUCGACGCAUGGACCACUUCCACUGCGUCUUCCGAGGCAUCCCGUCAAAAGAUCGAAUGAAAACUGCCGAAACCACUCCCACCUUUACCAGCAGCAGGCGACAAUGUUGUAUGAUGUGUCAGCGUCCCCCCCCUUCCCAUCACCCCACUGUCGCGCAUAACUACCGUUUUCUAAAAACAUUGCAGCAGUCUCCCCGUACACAUUUUAGCGACCUCCAGCCUGAAGUAGUAACUACCUCAUAUUUAAAGUCGUACCUUGAUGCGCCAUGUUAGGAUUACCAUUUGGUUGUACAGUGCGUAACCGAUCUCGUGAAAUGUUGUCCAAAAGUUUGAAAUGCAUUUUCGAUUAGAAGGAUUACUUAAGCGCAGUUGUAACACUGAUUAUCUUGUGACAUAAUCCUAUAAUAUUUCGAACUCGGUAGGACGUUAGCUUUUGAAUGCUCUGCUUUUCAAUCUGCUGUAAAAAUCGCACUCGGUAAAAAAUGACUACGUAUGUAGCAUGCAUUUUUCACACUGAUUUUCGAUGGCCUCGCAAGUUCACACAUAGAAUGCAUGAACAAAAUAUGCUUUCUUUCGGUCGUUUGAUAAUCACGUCAUCUGUUUUUAUGCUCAAGGAAGGAGUACAAUUAGGUUUUAAAAAAGUUUCCAUUUAUGACAUUUUAUGACCGUGCAAUGUCCAUUCGUACAGCACUGUAACUCUCCGUUUUCCACUGCUCCUCGUGAAAUGUACAACAUGGUCCGCAUCCAUUGCAAAAUUUUAUGGACUAUAUAUGCUAUGGAAUAUGUGAUUUUCUUAAUGCGGAACUCAUGCACAUUGCAGACUGAAAUAACUAGGCGCUAAUGCAACGGCUGAUUAGGCUCUAAAUUAUUCGGGAAUUAGAAAACUUUUUCGAAACCUUACCGCACUCCUUUUUCGAGUAUAAAAUAUUAAAAUAACGUAAUCCGUUAUCAAACGACUGAAAGAAAGCAUAUUUUGUUCCUGCACUCUAUACAAUAUACAGUAGAUGUGCUAACUCAUGAAAUGUCAACCAAAAUUUCGAAAUGCGUUCUCGUUUCGAAAAGAUAAAUUAAGAAGUGUUUUAAAACUAAUCAUGAUGCAGCAUGAAUCUAUAAUGAUCCAGUUACCUCAGGGUGUCGGCUUUUGAAAGAACUUAUUUUCGGCUGCAUGCAAGAUCUAUACAUUGCGAAAAAUGACUACGUAAGUAGUAUGCAAUUUUCUCAUUGAUUUUCGAUGCCCUUGAAAAUUCAAUUAUAUUUCAUGGAAAACAUGCAUAAAAAUAUUCAUCCUUUUACAUAUUUGGUAGAAAAUCACGUCUUCUGUUAAAUUUCAUACUGAGAAGAAGAGUAUAAUUCGGUUUUUAAAAACGUUUAUAAUUCCCGAAUAAUUUUGAAUCCGACCUGCUGUUACACUUGCAUUCAGAGUUUCAAAACUGCAAACUGUAUAUUGUCCGUGUACGGAAAACCAUGUAUUUCUCUACGGUGUUAAGGGGAGGCCAUAUGAGGUUCAUAAAAUUAAGCAGUGGAUUUGAGCAAGAUUAAUAACUUUACAAGCCACAUUCGUAAAUGCAGAUACAUGACGUUUCAUGAACGGCCAUUUAGCGGUAUUAAAAAAUCUCCCAAUAAGAAUCUUUUUUAAAACCGAAUUAUAAUCUUCUUCUGAGUAUGAAAUUUAACAGAAGACGUGAUUUUCUACCAAAUAUGUAAAAGAAUGGAUAUUUUUAUGCAUGUUUUCCAUGAAAUAUAAUUGAAUUUUCAAGGGCAUCGAAAAUCAAUGAGAAAAUUGCAUACUACUUACGUAGUCAUUUUUCGCAAUGUAUAGAUCUUGCAUGCAGCCGAAAAUAAGUUCUUUCAAAAGCCGACACCCUGAGGUAACUGGAUCAUUAUAGAUUCAUGCUGCAUCAUGAUUAGUUUUAAAACACUACUUAAUUUAUCUUUUCGAAACGAGAACGCAUUUCGAAAUUUUGGUUGACAUUUCAUGAGUUAGCACAUCUACUGUAGGUGAACUUGCGAGGCCAUGGAAAAUCAGUGUGAAAAAUGUAUGCUACAUAAGUAGUCAUUUUUGACCGAGUGCGGUUUUUACAGCAGAUUGAAAAGCAGUGCAUUCAAAAGCUAACAUCCUACCCAGUUUGAAAUAUUAUAGGAUUAUGUCACAAGAUAAUCAGUAUUCCAACUGCGCUUCCUUCCUUAUCGAAAACGCAUUUCAAAAUUUUGGCCAACAUUUCAUGAGAUCAGUCACGCAUUGUACGUAGUUAACUUAAGGACGCAGUUUUUGCAUGUCGAUUGUUGUGGUUUUGUUUAAGAUUAGUAAUCUAAGCCAUCUGUUGUUGCUGCAUAUUAAUGUCCUCUGGCUGAACUCGACCUGUUGUUGGUUUUAAGGAGUUCGCGAGGUUCUCGCUCGUCUCCUCCCGCGUCACGGUGUUCGUUGGAUUCGCGUCCCCGAAGAGGCUCUUCUGAUUGGCGGAAUAUCUGACGACGAGCUCGCAGGACUGGGUAGGCAUAGCAAAAGUACAAGAAGUAGUCCUUGUCGCCUUCGUUUAUUUAUUGCCUGCCUCUAUGCCAACUAUUUGUUUGCCAAAUAUUAAUGUUGUGGCUAUUUAUUUGCCGAAUCCAACGCAGUUGGCCUUGCCCGGUCGGUGAUCCUCCAUCCCGAGUGAGUGUGUAGGGCUCGGCGCGGGGCACACACUAACAUGAGAUUACGUAGCAAAAAUUCACCAGAAAGCCAACGCGUUGUUAACCUUUAAAAUGCAGCAAUCCCAACGCUAACUCGCGCUGCCAUGGGUACAAUAAGCUCGCCCACACUUUUCGAGGGCAGCUGCUUUUGCACUACUGAGAGACCGAGGGGAGGAGGGCAUGUCGUCCGAACCCCCAUCAAUGCGGUCUUGCGUCCUUAAAGUACUGGCAGUUACUGGAACCCAGGAGCCAUAGCUGUCCUCAUCCUUCGCGAAACGUCACGAAGGUCAAAUCCUCUCAGUUCUAAAAAGAAGUUUCUGUCAGGCGCUGUUAGGCCAUUAGUUUGCUGACGAAAACUCGAUUAAAGUCAUGACAUUUUGAACAGUCAAGGCUUCUGUCCCCUGAACUGGCUUCCAGAAUUGAUUGACGGAUUUCUGCUUUCAAUACUUUGAUUGGUUCUCUGUCUAACUGAUGUGAGGGCGAUAUGAAUGUCCAUGUCAAUGUGCCGAAUUAAAAUAUCACUCCUUUGACAGCCCGGUAUGUAGGCAUAGGUGCGGACAACUCUUCAAGCUUCGGACAUCAUUUAAAGGCCGUAACAGAUUUCGAGCCCCCGUUCUGUGUACUGGGGACGACACCCCGUGUCCUUUCAUACCGUUGUACCCCACUGACACAUUUCCCAGGCCAUGAUCAAAACUCCCACAAAAUGUGCACCGCUUAAGCAGUUAUAGAAUCGAUACGAACCACCGAGUCGAUGUCAAGAAAGCAUUUCAGGUUGUCUACCGGACACCAACAUGCUUCUCUAAAGGCCUACGCCAACGGAUACUAGCAACGGCCGAGGCAGUAGCGAUACGGUUAGUGAAUCCGGUGUUAUGCUGUCAAAAAACUCUGACACAAGCGCUUUCGCUGCCGUGGCCAACGCCAACCCCAAGUGAUGAAGCCAUGCCGCCUCAAAUCCCUAAUCACGAUGAUGGGUACUCCGUGUACUCAACCCAAGAACAUUACUCAAAGACUCUCUUACCUCCUUCCCCUAGCUCUGAUGACUAACACCCGCCGACCUUCUCAUGCGGGCGGCGUGGGGAUAAUUAGUGUUAGUGACUUAAUAGCCCUUGAGGCAUCUAUAAACACUGUUGAUUUUGUACAUUUUCAUUCGUUCAUGUAAUUGUACUGGCCUGAGGAAGAAUUACCGAAAACGUGCGUUCGCCAACUUGACUUUUCAGCUAUAAAAACAUUGACAAUUCCUUUAGUUCCUUUAUCAGCUCUGAGUAGGAGAGAGUUAUUUGGCCAUUUUGCAGGCUGCAAUUGUUAGCAGGUCCUGAUGGUUCAAAGCAAGCAUAGGUUUUAGGGCACAAAGCUUCAUUCAAAAACGCCAUUAUAAUCCAAAUGGCUGAAUCUGUCUGAACGUUAUGGCUUUAAAAAAAUUAAUAAAAUAUGUAAAGAAAUCUCCCUCCAUUCGUUGAGGAAAUACUGAUGCAAGUCUAUUGGGCCGUGAUUUCAUAAGCAGAAUUCAGGCGGGCGUGCCCGUCAUCUACCUCACUCCUGUCCCCGCCAUUAACCCUUUCAGAUGGCCACUUAAGGUCAAGACUGCCGGAUCUGGGCGCAAGCACAGUGGCUAACAAACCCAAACGGUCCGUUUACGCGUGCCAAACACGAGCUCCUCUCCACAGCCUUUACCAGACUGUUGUAAAGAGGGGUCGGAUUUCAAAUCAGUGAGAAUGCCAAAAAGGUCACCCUAAGAAGGAACUAUUAGAGCUCAGUCUUGAGAAGGAUUGAGUUGUUCCAUCAGCUGGCAAGCUUCCAAGCCACGACUCUUGGUGCGUCGUGAUAGGUUCAAACGCGUCAGCUCUAUUAUAGGGAGGAACGCGAUUAUGCUUUGUGAGGUUGGACCCCCGGGCGUCGACUCCACUCCCUCUUCCCUCUCCAAUGCUCCAGUCAUUUGUCAGAGUCUUUCAAAAAAUGUGUGACAGAUGUGGGCGCAAUGACUGGCGCGGCAUGAAGUCUGGUGUCCACUAAGUACCGCCACAGGCAUGUAGAACAGUGCUUAUUGGCUCGCGCGCACUCCGCCCAGCCCGAUUAACGCGCACCGUGAGUCAGUUUGACACCCGUUUUGUCCCAACGCAUCUACAGCGCAGUCCGUUGUGGGAACCUCUAAUUUAUCUUAGCGAGAGGUGAUGCAUUAGCGCGUUUGAUUGCGAAAGUCCCUCUGUUUCAUUGAUCCCUUUGUGCUCUGGCUCCGAGAUCGGACUGUGGCUGGUUGCGGGAAGCGAACUUCCACUCACAGACGCUGUAUCGUCUUCUCCAUCUUGAAAAGUCCUAACUGAUCUCUGUUCAGGAGAACGCCGAUAUUCUACAGUCCUUAGCCGCCUCUCUCUCACAGGAACCCGUUCACUCGGAAGCCCGUUUGUCCGCUAAUUUUAAUCAGCAGAUAUCCCUGCUGUCUGCUGUGUGGCGCUCUUUUUGUCUUGUUGCACGCCACACACACACAGGUCCCGCAGUGACGAUCGUUUACUCCUCUGCGGCUUUGUCCUGAGAGCGAAUGCUUCGUUCACACUGCGUGACGGCUGGUUUGCGGGUCCAACUCUGCGUCUGUCUCACCCCAAUGGCGACCCGGUUUCCGCUGCUCUCAACUACCACAUCGCCUUCCCUGUCGUUAGGGGGUGUUGGUUUAUGACCUCUUCUCGCACAACUUCACACACGUUUUUAUUGCACGCACUCGAGUCCUCGCAUAGCGCAGCAGAAUAAACUUUUCUCAAGGGUUGAGUCUUGAGACCGCCAGACGCUUUUAGUAAUGUGCAAGACAGAGUUUUGAAGGACUGUCCCCCCCCCACCCCCGUAUUUUGCUACGGGAUGGAACCAACUUGAAAUUUCCGGCUAACGGAGAGAAAGUGGACUCCGUGAAGCUGUUAAGAAGAAGAAGAAUCGAUCGCUGCGGCAGACAGUUUUGUGCGCCUGCUGUUUCAAACCCCCUACUCGAACUCCGCAUGACAGACAGCACCGCAAUUAUGCAGUAUGGAUUAUGGAAUGCAGUUACUAUUGCCACCGCACAGCUAAUAUAAUUAGCAGCUCACGCAGAUGUCUAUGCUUACCACGACUACUGCUUAGCCAACCGCAUCUUAGUAUUUAAUGACCGCAACCGCAUCACUGGAGUUGACGAUUGACAUGACAGGGUUGCUGAAUUACUAUUUCCUCGACAGGUUCUCUGAGCAAAUUUAUUCCCCGCGCAACUUCAUCAACAGAUGUACGCGAAAAUAAGCGAGUGUUCAGACCGUUCGGGAUCCUAAUUUUUCUUGGGAUUUCAUACAUCAGCAACAUGAAGGACGCCGCUAACCUCUUACCUGGACGCCACACACAUCACGGGCACUCGUCGGUUGCUACGUAGAGGCUGAAACAUCACCUCCACAAGGAAUUCCCUGAGUUGCUCACUGAAUCCUUGCCGCUGUAUGCUUAGCAAUUAUCAUAGGGAAAGUCGAAUACCACUCCGGACGCGGACGACUGAACACGCGCCGUCAGUGGAGGGUUAUGAUGACAACUGUCAGAUUUUUGUUCUCUAAAUGGGACGCGAUUACACCUUCGGGUUUUUUUGAGGCCGAACUUAUCGCGAGUGUGUGUAAUCGCCGGAGUCGUGAGCUGCUUGUGUUGUGGUUCCGGGGCCCACAGUUUAUCAGCGGUCCCUUCAUACUCGCUGCUACCACUUUGUCCGGCCAGAAUAAUUAGCCACUCGAAGGACCGACAGGGGAACACUGUUUCCAUCGUCGAUAUCGAUCGACCUAAAUGCUGGGUAUCACGCCAAUCGACAAGUUGGUGUUCGUAAAUGCAUGUAGAGGCGGAUUUGCCUGUUUGGACCCAAUAAACUGCAUCACAGGCUUCACUCAGGACCUGUUAGAUGAAUUCCUUUUUAUCCGAAUAGCCAACCCUACCUUAGUCUGUGUACCACAGGAAUUUGGUGUUUCCCUAGGUGCCUUCCAACGAGUUCAGACACAUUUUUGGUGCAAGGUGUGGGUAUCUUUCCUCAUAGAACGCAUUUGACUUCACCUUAUAUUUCUUGGAAUGCCUACUUUCCAAUACAUACUCAUGAAUUACGACCGCACAGUUUUACUUCAAGCCAGACGAUGGAACAUGUGCAAUUCGCUGAAUUCUAACGCGAGAACAGUUAUCAUUUCUACACAGAUGCCAAAACAGGAAGAGUUUGCCAAAAUCCAUCUUGAGAGACCAGUUUAAAGAGGUAUUCCAUCUCCACUUAGAAAUUUUCUUCACCAAGCAGUCCGUUUUAACUUUAUUUAGCAGGCUGUAGAAAGAACUCUAUUUUUGAGACACAGGAUGUUAAUCUCAAAAUUUAAGAUAAACUAUAGAUGUCCCUUUGCGAUAAGCUGAUGUCCGAAGUGACUCUUGCGUUUUUCGAUUUGUAAGGACAUCCAGGAAUAGAAUUUGUCCGUAAACCCUCGUUGCAAACGUGGACUCUACACUUCCACGGGUCGAGUUUACUCCGUAUGUAUAAACCCGUAAGGAAUCACGCUUUCUGUAAACGGAAUCCAAAUGCCACUGAACACUGGAAUGCGCGUACAUUACUGCAGCUUUCAAAGAUUUGCACGUUUAAGCACCAAACGCCUUUAAGACACGCUCCCCUACAAAACGACAGGCGUUUAUAGCCCGACUAAUGCAAAUUCCCUCGGGGAACUCACAAAUUCUUAAAUCACUGGAACUCUUUCUCGCGGUUUAAGUGACAUUUUUACACCACGUAAGCAAGGAUUGUGGGGAAAAAAGCCUUAUUUCUGUGCUUCUGGACUCGUUAUCCGACUUUUACUGGCAGUCAUCUCCGCAGGAAGUGCACCUCAUCUUCAUUUUUUGACCCUUUUGGGUGUGCUCUCCUCCUCAUUGGCGCACACUUUGUUUUCAAUUCCAGUUGAUCAAUCUGCCCUGACGUUCUACCGCGAAGUAUCGGAUCAGGCUGCUGUUGCACGAACGAUCUUUCAAUCUGCUGGGUUACGGUAGGUCACCCCAUAAAGGUCAACUGCAGGCUUACCCUUCUCGGCAAAACACCAGCAUUCGAGCGCGCAAGGUGCGUACGUCUGCGUGUUUUCCUCUGCCAAAAACGGAACGCCGCCGUCAUUUCCCGCGCCAUAAAGGCCUGCAUUCAAGCAGGUCUCGCGGGUCUGAUUGCCAUAGCAGCGAAAACUUGGCAUAGGACGCACCAGAAAUCCUGAAAGGGCUCUAAAUUAUUCAAUAAUUGAUAUAUAUAUAUAUAUUUUAUAUAUAGUAAUUUAUGAGAUGGUACCGACAAAGACAAGGGAGCCCGGAAUGGCCAUUUCUGGCUUAUUAGCCGUCAUCAGCCAGUCAUACCCAACCCCAAGUGUGGAUCACUUGAGAUUCGAACCCGGGAUCUUUGGUCAUGGAGUUUGACGCUCUACCACUGAGCCACGGGCCCGUUGUCCUGUCGGUUGUGAUCGGGAAUAUUAAUUAUGAUAGUGGGCGCUCACCGAUCAGGUUACGGAACAUGCUCGUUCCGUUGUGCCUUGGGGCUCAUACUUAAACCCUCGCAGGCAGUCGCACAGCGACUAGUAGUAGAUAUAGAUGAGCCCCAAGGCACAACGGAACGAGCAUGUUCCGUAACCUGAUCGGUGAGCGCCCACUAUCAUAAAUAGUAAUUUAUAUUUUUAUCUCAAAUUAUUAUAUAAUAAUUUGAGAUGAAGAGACGCUGCUGAGAAGGCCCUAGAAGGAGAACUAUUAAAGUUUUUUUUUCACCGCACGGAAUCUGAAGACUGGGCGACUGAACGCCUUUUACUACUCACUAUCAGAUCACGGUAGAGCAGCUGAAAGGGAAAAAAGAUCAUAAUCGAACGAUUGCAAGGCUGGUAGUGGAAAUAAAGUUGAGGUUUUUCUGGACUCUGCUCUACUUCCGAGGUCAAGGUACGAGGGGAAGGGCGUUAUGGAGAUUUGUUUUGGUCUAGUCGCUGUAACCUGACGUGGUACGCCGCGGGUAGAAAUAUGCGGAUGUCGAUUUAGGCCAGGGUAACUUAAGGAAGGGAAUGGGAGCCUUUUGCGAGCUCAAGGUGAAGGUGGCUAGCCGUAUGGCUGUCGCCUCUUCCGACGCAAAUAUCCGCUAACGCGGAAAUUUUGUAGUGUCUCGCCGGCACCUCGUUCGUGACUCGAGGUGCUUGAUUGACGUCUACUCGGUAGCCGCUGCCAGCGUGAGACAAUUAAAUUACAUUCUUACUGCUUUUUGUUCUGCCAGCUUCAAAACACAGGCCUCUUUCUUCUAUCAAAACCUGACUGUUCUCUUUUACCAUAAAAAACUGUGUUUGCCCCAAGUUGCCGAAACUAAGUCAUGGCACAAGAUGGAUAGAUAAGCUGGCAACGAUCGCUUGAAGGACCCCAAACACUCACGACCAGCCAAAGGUGCCUAUCCUACGGUAAUGGUGGUAAAAAGGAUUUUACGGGCGAGGCCUAUGUAUGCGUAGGGGAAUGGCAAAGUAAGUAUAAAUAAUUGGCAAAGUCGUUUUUCAGGCGGAAAAUUUUUAAUUCAGUGACGUGAAAGUAACCGGAAUUAAUCAGGACAAUCAAAAAAUAAACACUACGUGUCUACAACGAUCGCCUCUCAACUCUCUGAGCUGCGGUCAUUGUAGAUAAGGCACCGGACCGUCUACAACAGACGACCAAACCUUCUGCGAUGAAACACCAAACCGAAAUAGUCGUGUCGGACUAAAACCCACUUAAAUUAGCAUAGUACGUAUUCUUUGUAUGCCACAGAUGCUUGGGGUCCUUCAACCGAUCCUUAGCGAUAAACUUUCCAAUAUUGUUUAGCCCAACUUUAUAAUUUAGGAGUUAGAAUAGCACUGCGACUGUGGUAAAGCAUCGGAUAAGGAUGGUCCGCCAACCCGCUGUUUCGCGAACAGAGGAACUCUACUCUGCCGGUAAAAGAUCACGCGGAGGUCUCUGGUGGAAGAUGAGUAGUUGUCUGUUAGCGUUCACAGUGAAGGACGGAGCGUGAACCCUGGAUGCACGUGGAAUGGCGCAUCGCGAAAAUCAAACCGCCAGAUUUAUCGGCCUGACAAAAAUAGCCGUGCGAGCUUUGUGGACUUUUGCAAGUGUCGACGUCUAGCGCGCGCGCGCCCCAGUAAGUGCAGCAAAGGCGACUUGCACAGCAUCCACCGCACUCUCCCUUUCCUCACUGACCUCACUCCGAUGAGAAGGCAAUGUGUGUUGGCGGCCGGAUGUGAUCUCGGGCGUUUCACAGGCAACAUGGUCUCACUGCAUGUUCCAGACUGCUGUCAGAGCGUUUUGAGUAGUUGAUUCGUCUACCCAUCUUCAGAGACAGGGAAGUCCUGAGCAUGGCUCCCCUGAUAUGGCGGACUUUGUUCAAUGCGUGACCCACCAAUGCCGCCUAUGGAACGAAUCUUCAACUUUGACGCCGUUGAGAUUGUGGGCCGGGGCGGUGAUCAUGCAGCAAGGCAAGUGCAUGAAGCCUGGAUGUCCACCGACUGCUCUGUCAACUGCCAUAUCAGUUCGCCUCCACCCUAUCUGAAUUUACGAGCCUUUUUAACGGGGGACAGUCACGGCGCGGGACAAUCGGUGCCGUCAGUCAUCUCCACGACCGACGGUGGCGAUCCAGGUCACGGCGACAUGCCGGUUGGAUGCAGCCGCCACACAGGCGGCAUUGGCGGGUCACGCAUUGAACAAAGGGCGCCAUAAUAAGGAGUGCUGUGCACAGGACCUCCCAGUCCCUGAAGAUGGGUAGACUAAUCAAGUACUCGAAACCUCUGACCUCCAAUAAACCCCUCCCGGUGAACGCCACUUCUUCUUUUGAUAUGCCACCUGGGAAUCGCAUUUUAACUGCUAGUCAUGCGUACGUCAAGUCAUUUUGAGCACGAACUUGGAUAUAUCCAUCGUCACAUGAUCGUGAGUUCUUUGAUAAGCCCACCGUACACGAAGAGUUCCUUGCUUUGGCCGUCUAUUUUGACCGCACUGUUGGGUUUACUCCCGUCACUAUUGUUAUCGAGGAGAUGAACUGACUCACCGGAGGAUCAAUGCCCCUUGUGUGACCAUUUGGCGGCUUGCCAGUUAAUGAAGCAGAGCCACUUGGGCCCCUGGUGCCGCUUUAUUGAAUGACCUUCCGAUAAACACGAUUCGUCCAGUCGUGUUCUUGUCAUCUUGGUUGUGCCCAAAUCGACGACAGCUUUCCUCACAUCUGACUCCGGACUCAACUUCCCCUCAUUCUGUAGCUGCUACCAAGGUCACAAGAGAUCCAUUGCAAUGCGCAGAGGAGGUUUGAAUUUUAAAGAAACGUCCUUCACCGAUGUAGGUACGAGGCCUGUUCGCCCCGUUGUAUCUUGGAGCUUAGUCUAGAGUUCCGUAGGAGAUCGCAUAACAACCAUUAGUACAGUAGGUGUGCUAACUCAUGAAAUGUCAACCAAAAUUUCGAAAUGCGUUCUCGUUUCGAAAAGAUAAAUUAAGUCGUGUUGUAAAAGUAAUCAUGAUGCAGCAUAAAUCUAUAAAGAUCCAGUUACCUCAGGGUGUCGGCUUUCGAAAGAAAUUAUUUUCGGCUGCAUGCAAGAUCUAUACUCUGCGAAAAAUGGCUACUUAUGUAGUAUGUAAUUUUCUCAUUGAUUUUCGAUGCCCUUGAUAAUGCAAUUAUAUUUCAUGGAAAACAUGCAAAAAAUAUUCAUUCUUUUACUUAUUCGGUAGAAAAUCACGUCUUCUUCCAAUUCCAUACUCAAAAAAGAGUAUAAUUCGGUUUUAAAAAAGUUUCUAAUUGUGAGAUUUUUUAAUCCCGUUAAAUGGCCUUUCAUGAAACGUCAUGUAUCUGCAUUUACGAAUGCGGCUUGUAUAGUUAACAAUAUUGCUCAAAUCCACUGCUUAAUUUUAUGAACCUCAUAUGGUCUCCUUUUAAUACCGUAAAGAAAUGCAUGGUUUUCCGUAAGUGGACAAUAUACAGCUUGUAGUUUUGAAACCCUGAAUGCAAGUGUAACAGCAGGUCGGGUUCAAAAUUAUUCGGGAAUUAGAAAAGUUUUUUAAAACCGAAUUAUACUCUUCUUUUGAGUAUGAAAUUGGAAGAAGACGUGAUUUUCUACCGAAUAAGUAAAAGAAUGAAUAUUUUUAUGCAUGUUUUCCAUGAAAUAUAAUUGAAUUUUCAAGGGCAUCGAAAAUCAAUGAGAAAAUUGCAUGCUACUUAAGUAGUCAUUUGUUGCAGAGUGUAGAUCUUGCAUGCAGCCAAAAAUAAGUUCUUUCGAAAGCCGACACCCUGCGGUAACUGGACCAUUAUAGAUUUAUGCUGCAACAUGAUUAGUUUUACAACACUACUUAAUUUAUCUUUUCGAAACGAGAACGCAUUUCGAAAUUUUGGUUGACAUUUCAUGGGUUAGCACAUCUACUGUAAUCCAAAGAUAUUUCUGUCAAGUUAUGGUGCUGGCUUUUGAAUAAGCUUCUUUCCGGCCGUUUGCAAAAAAAUAGGCUUUGCGAAAAAUGGCUACGUACGACGUGUGCAUGAACCAAGAAUCAAUCUUCUCUUUAUGAAUUAAAUUUAGCAAAACGUUAACGUUUUAUAUCGUUAAACGCAGUAAUAGACUUGUUCGAACGUACUUGUUUUACUACACCGAGAACUAGUAGGUGUAAACACGUAUAUAUGGACACUUAAAAAGGACAAUCGACAAAGUACUGAUGCGUUGUAUUUGUUAAUAUUUUCCAUCAUUUUGUCGUUUUAUGACGUCCCCUUCUCUUCUGACAUUUAUAUUAGGCCUUGAACAAUUAACAUGUCAUAGAGUCGUCUUUUGAUUUGGCAGUUUUUGUAAAAUGAAUUAUUUCUUAGUCAGUAAAUAAUACUUUAAAACAUCAAACCGUGCCUUAUUUUGAAACCCGGUCGUAUAUUUAACGCAGUAUAUCUUUCGUGGAUGCGGAGUGGACGCUUCGUGCGCUACGGCGGUUUAAGUUCAUGGUUCGUGAUCUUUCAUCAGAUAGGUCGCGAACUGUAUCUUUGCAGGAUUAACCAGAAACCAGGUUAUAGAAAGUUGAUAUUCUCGAUCGCAGUUGACAGGACAACAAGCCCAUUUCUUAGUGGUAGAGCGUUGGACAUAACGCUUAUUGACCAAAGAAUCCGAGUGUGAAUCCCUGAUUAUUCAGACCUGAGACGGGGGUGUGGGUGCUUAUCCUCCUUUCAUCCCAAACUUGAUCCCCGAGGAGUCUUUCCUGGUGGGAGGUACCCACUAAUGUGUCAAUCCUCCCAACUUACCGCUUCCCUCUUUCACCUUCUCUCGUUUGUAGGUGCACAGACGCCUUUGCAGGCAUGCUUACGAUGGGCAGAAACUUGACCGCUGACAGUCUUAGACGCAGUCUCACUGCCAUCUUGAAGCGGUCCCAUGCCCCCACAGUCGAGUUGAUGACUCAUCCGGGUUAUCCUUUGACGGAAACGGGCCCAGAAAACCAAGGCUGUGCUGAUAGUCUCGGACCGGACGACUUUUCCCGCUCCAUUGACCGUGCCCAUGAGAUGGCCGUGCUUCAGAGUAGCAAAUUCAGUGAAGUUGUGAGGACCUUUUCUGGACAGCUGUACGGUUUCAGGGAUUUUGCAUGA